CUCGAAACAGUUCUGAGGCCGUGAGCUCCCAACCUUUUCUGCCCUCUCAACCCUCUCCACAAAAAAGAUAAUUAAUUUGUCUACAUGUGAAACAAAAAACAAUGAAGAGAAGAUCAGAGUGAAAUCUACAAAAGAGAUAAGGUGCAUGUGGGAUCAAAGGAGGGCAUAUCAAAGCAUCGAUCGGUUAAGCCCCCCCAAAACCCAUAUGGCAUUAGAAACGGUGGAAUACCCACAAGACCCGUUUGGCUAUGUUGGAAUUUUUGAUACCAUUAUGGACCACGGCAACAAUAUUAUUGGAGCCAAUUGGGAUUCCUCUUCUUCUUCUGUGAGGCAAAAUGUGAUGGAAUGUUGGGAAUGUCCCAACUCGUCGCCGGAGGCCUGCACCGGUGACCGGUUCUUCGGUGGAGAGGGACCUCCGGUGGAAGCACCGUCGACCGAGGCGGUUCGGCGGCAGAAGAGGCGGCGGACGAAGAGCUCGAAGAACAAGGAAGAAUUGGAGAGCCAGAGGAUGACUCACAUUGUAGUUGAGCGGAACCGCCGGAAACAGAUGAAUGAGUACCUCGCCGCCGUUCGGUCGUUGAUGCCGGCUUCUUAUGUUCCAAGGGGAGACCAAGCAUCAAUUAUUGGAGGCGCUAUUAAUUUCGUGAAGGAGCUAGAACAUCUUCUUCAAACCCUAGAAGCUCACAAGAGAACAACUCCCCAACAACAACAACAUCCUCCUAAUUACAACAAUGGCCUAUCCUCUCCUUCCCUUUUCGCGGACUUCUUCGCCUUCCCUCAGUACUCGACAAGUUCGAAGAACAACUGUACUGAUACCAGCUCACUGGCCGCGGCAGACAAGCCGCCGCCGGUGGCAUUCGGCGACAUAGAAGUGACGAUUGUGGAGAGCCAUGCGAGUCUGAAGGUACUUUCAAAGAGACGGCCCAGACAGCUGUUGAAAUUGGUGGCUGGGCUUCAGUGUCUCCGACUCUCUGUCCUUCACCUUAGUGUUACCACAGCUGACCAAAUGGUUCUGUACUCACUCAGUGUUAAGAUUGAGGAUGGGUGCCGGCUGACGACGGUUGAUGAAAUCGCUGACGCUGUUAAUCAGUUGCUUGGCAGAGUCGAGGAAGAAGCUGCUUUUGUAUAGCUGAAACGCACCCUCUAUGUCUGAUCAAUUGUGAUAAGUUUAGCUUUUUUCUGUUGCGAAGAAUUUCAAUGUAGUUUGAGCCGGCCUUUAUUUCUAAUUAGUUUUUCAUGGCAUAUUAAUUUCGGUGUACGAUUUUGGAAA